AACCAAAGUACCAAACAGAACAGAGAGAGAGAGAGAGAGAGAGAGAGAGAGAGAUGGGAAAGUUGGAGAAGAUGUAAAGGUUGUAACUUGUAGUGGUAGACCUGGCUGGCAAUGGUGGGUGAGAGUGUUAGUGUGUGUGUGUGCUGUGUACUGUUCAUAUUGGAAACUAAUAUUUGUGACUUUGUUGAGUGAAGAGUCCUUUCUUUGUGGUUGUUUUAGUUAUAAAGCUUACACAGCAAAGCCAAAGAUCAAGGAAAGAGAAGGACUUGUACGGACAUAGAUUAUAGAUACAACCAAAGACAUCAUACUGAGACAUAUAUAGUUUGAGAAAGAAAGAGAGAGAGAGAGAGAAUGUAUUGUGGGGGGUUUCAAGAGAGGAAACAUGUCCAAGUUCGUCCCAACACCACUGUUCUUUGCUUCUUCUUCAUGUCUUUGUAGAUCCCAAAGACCUCGUUAGCCAUAUUUGACUGAAUGUAACUCUGGCGGCAUUUCUCUCAAGGUCUUCUAAAGCUAGGGUUUCUUUUGUUCUUGAAACAUAAAACAACCAAGCUAAUCUCAAAUUGAGCCAAAGUAACCUGCUUACAGUUAAGGAUCUUUUGGCUUUGGCAUCAAAUUCAGAAAAAAAAAUUGACAGACAUCUAAACUUUCCCAAGAAAAAUUCUUGACAAAACCUGUUCAUGCAAUGCCCCAUCUCACUGUUAAAUGCUCAUCAUGGUGGAAUUCAAAUGAACAGAAAAUUCCAUCGUCUUCAUCCAAGACUGCAAGCUUGAAAAUGGAUUCUCCACAACAACAAAUUCAUGAAGCAAAACAUUUAGGUCUUCAACUACCAGACCAGGAAUCAUCCACAAUUCAAUUUACUGGUCAGUCUCACCAUGAAGUGGGUGCUGUGGGAGGGACCAAUUCUCAAGGUCAAUGCAUUUCAUCAGAAUCAGAUCAAGAUGAAGGUUGUGGCAAUGCCAAAGGUCAAAUGAAGGCAGGUUUUUUGUUGAAUAAUUCAGAUUUUAUGUUCAAUCCCUCACAAGUUGCUCAUAGCUAUUCAAUGGCUCGUGUUCCAUAUCCUUAUGCUGAGCCAUGCUUUGGUGGGUUGUUGACUGCUUAUGGACCACAAGCAAUUAUGAUGGGGAUGGCACCUGCACGAGUCCCACUGCCACUUGAUUUUACGGAUUAUGGACCCAUUUAUGUCAAUCCAAAACAGUACCAUGGAAUCCUCAGAAGGAGACAGUCACGUGCAAAGCUUGAGGCUCAAAACAAACUUGUCAAAGCUCGAAAGCCAUAUCUUCAUGAGUCUCGGCAUCGUCAUGCAUUAAAUAGGACUAGGGGAACUGGUGGACGCUUUCUCAGCACAAAAAAGGGGCAAAAUCCUGAUCCAACCGCCACUAGUAGCAACCAUUAUGUCUCGGACACUGAAAAUAUAUCAGACUUUGAUAGUAGUCAAUUUGGAACCCAUCAACAUGUUGGUUCCAUUACUGCCUGCUCUGACAUCACUAGUGUCUCCAGUAGAAAUGGUAACAAUGCCUAUCAGCAGCCGGGUCACAGGUUCUCAGGCCUGUCUCCCCACUUGGGUGGAGCCAUGCAAUGCAAUGGGAGCCUUGUGUCCGGUGGCACCCAACACUGUGCUUCAGUUGUCCGGUGAGGAUACACUGUACUUCAGUCGUCCGGUGAGGAUAUUGGGAAGCACACGAUUACCAUUUCACUGGUCUGGCAAUUCAUCCUUGGCUUUGUCACUUAAACUUUCUAUAUGCUAUUAUAAUAUGCUUGAUUUCAAAUUGCGUAAGAGACGCCACCAUGUACUAGGUUUAUCUAUCUGCUUCCUGCUUCUUGCAUUGCAUGUAUUGUGAGAAUAAUCACAUGGCUGUAAGGAGAGGCUGUGCUUGUAAUCCUACUAUGCUAAUACGUCACUUUGGUUGUUACUAUGUAACUCUUUGCAUAAAUGGGAGAUCAUCAAACACAAUAUAUAUAUGAUGCUUCCGGCUAUAUUCCCCUAGAAGGCUAGAAAUUUGAUCUA